AUGGCGCUAUAUGUGGCUUCUGACGCCUUGAUGUGCAGGGUGUUCCCAAUGACCUUGAGGGGGCCGGCCCGCGCAUGGUACAACGGCCUGAAGACCGGGACCAUCACUUCCUUCGACCAGCUCGCCAGGGACUUUGAGCUCAGCUUCCUAGCCUACGCCCGACCGAAGCCGUCCAUGGCGUUACUCCUCGGACUCAACCAAAAGGAGGACGAGCCCCUCUCCCUUUUUGUGAACCGUUUUACGACGCAGAUCCGAGGGCUCUCGGACGCUCACCCCUCUCUGUUGGUGCAGGCAUUCAUGAAAGGCCUGCGACCUUCCAGAUUCCUCUGGUCCCUCGCGGAGCGACCUCCCACUACGGUGCUAGAGAUGCUCCAGUAG